CUCCAGUUCCAAUAACACACACAAGAAAAAAAAUGAAGGCUUUGAGAUUCUCUCUUUUCAUCUUCAUCUUUUCUCUGUACUUUAUCUGUGAUUUUCCAGGAAUAUUUAGUCAUGAUGAAGACAUGACAAUCAAAACCAUGGAGGAAUUUUCUGGAUACCCAAUUCAUGAACCUAACUAUCCCAAUUCCUUAUCUUCUUUAUCUGUCAAUUCUGAAACUCUCCAGAAACAGGACAGCAACUUAAAUAAACUGGAACUUUCGGAGAAUAUAUUAUGCAUUUCAAAUGUGAGAUUCAGACUCAGACUACCACUGUUGUUGCCGCUUCUAGCUAGUUCACCCUCAACUAUUACAAUCUCCUCCGAUGAGUAUGCCAGUCUUACAAAGUAUCAGGAAUCAAUGAAUGAAAUCACUCUAGCCCCUGCCCUUAUUGAGUCAGGUAACAAAUUUCUCAUUUCCUCCUCAAGCAACUGGAUCAUUUAUUCGGGUGCCAUAGAUCACAUGACAGGUAAUCCCCAAAUAUUUUCUAAAUUUCAGUCUCAUAAAGUACCAGCCUAUGUUACCAUAGCUAAUGGGUCUAGUUAUACCACUGAGGGAUCUGGGACUGUUAACCCCACUUCAUCUAUUACUUUGUCCUCUGUGCUAGGCUUACCUAGUCUUGCCUUUAAUCUGUGAGUAAACUUACCAAAGAACUACAAUGUUUUAUCUCCUUAUUUUCCGAUUAUUCUCUUUUUCGGGAUCUUAUGACAAAACAUAUUAUUGGUAAAGGAAAUGUAUCAGACGGUCUCCACAUUCUUGAUGAAUGGGUGACUCCAUCGGUUGCUUGCUCCAGUAACAUCUCGUCAUUUGAUGCACAUUGUCAUUUGGGACAUCCUUCUCUACCUGUUUUGAAGAAAUUAUGUCCUCGGUUUCAUAAUGUACCUUCAAUAGACUGUGAGUCUUGACAUUUUGCAAAGCACUGUAGAAGCUCAUUAAGUCCUAGAAAUAAUAAGCAGGCUGAUUUUGCUUUCGAAUUAGUUCAUUUAGAUAGUUGGGGGCCAUGUACUGUUGUAUCUAAAGCUGGGUUUAGAUAUUUUGUUACUUUUGUGGAUGCAUUUUCCCUAAUGACAUGGAUUUACUUUAUGAAAAAUCGUUCCGAAGUGUUCUUCCAUUGCUCCAAUUUUGUGCUGAGAUUAAGACACAGUUUAAUGCAUCUGUACAUAUAUUGAGG